AGAGCCGAUCUUGCUGUGGCUUCUAUGACUAUUAAUUAUGCUAGAGAAAGUGUUAUUGACUUUACGAAGCCGUUCAUGAAUCUUGGAAUUGGAAUACUUUUUAAGGUACCAUCCAGCCAGCCUACUCGACUGUUUUCCUUCAUGAAUCCGCUGGCUGUUGAAAUAUGGCUCUACGUUCUGGCAGCGUAUAUGCUCGUCAGCUUUACACUCUUCGUAAUGGCCCGCUUCAGCCCUUAUGAAUGGAACAAUCCCCAUCCUUGUUUAGCCGAGAGUGACGUCAUCGAGAACCAGUUCAAUGUCAGCAACAGUUUCUGGUUUAUCACCGGGACCUUUUUGCGACAAGGAAGCGGCCUUAAUCCCAAGGCCACCAAACGCGCGCCUUCUCGACUCUUCUCAUUUAUGAACCCUCUCGCUGUAGAGGUCUGGCUAUCGAUGCUGGGUGCAUAUGUUGUAGUUUCCAUGUCAAUUUGGAUUGUGGCGCGUCUUUCACCUUAUGAAUGGGUAGAACCGCCGCCAUGUCCGAGCUGCAAGUGCCCUCUGCAGGGCAGUCAUGUCAGCGCCUUAGAGCCAGAUAGCGAUGACAUCCCCUUACCGAAAACGGUCAACGACUUCAGUCUCUCCAACAGCUUUUGGUUCACAGUCGGCUCUCUUAUGCAACAAGGAAGUGAUCUCAACCCUAAGGCAACUAGCACGAGAAUAGUAGGAGGAAUCUGGUGGUUCUUUACCCUCAUUAUUAUAUCAUCAUACACGGCGAAUCUUGCUGCAUUUUUAACGGUCGAGAGAAUGAUAACUCCCAUUGAAAAUGCAGCCGAUCUUGCUGAACAAACCGAAAUAUCCUACGGAACACUCGAAGGUGGAAGCACGAUGACAUUUUUUCGGGAUUCCAAAAUAGGGAUUUACCAGAAAAUGUGGCGAUUUAUGGAAGCAAAAAGGUCUUCAUUAUUCGUGUCUUCGUAUGAAGAAGGAAUAAAAAGAGUGUUGGAGGGAAACUAUGCAUUUCUUAUGGAAUCGACGAUGCUCGACUAUGCUGUUCAGCGAGACUGCAACCUUACACAAAUUGGUGGUCUACUAGAUAGCAAAGGAUACGGAAUAGCUACUCCAAAAGGCUCUCCGUGGCGGGACAAAAUAUCCCUCGCUAUUCUCGAGUUACAGGAGAAAGGCGUGAUACAAAUUCUCUACGACAAGUGGUGGAAAAACACCGGAGACGUAUGUAACAGGGAUGAAAAGAGCAAGGAAAAUAAAGCAAAUGCACUUGGAGUCGAGAACAUUGAAAGGUGA